CCCAUUGGGCGAGUUGCGGCGGCAGGCGGACUGUCCAAGAUGACCGCGCCAAGCAAGGUCAAGCACACGCGGUACUAUGAGCUCAUGGGCGUCGCCGUGAACGCUUCGGCCGACGAGCUCAAGAAGGCCUACCGCCGCAAGGCGCUGCAGCUGCACCCGGACAAGCGCGGCAACACGCCCGAGGCGCAGGACGAGUUUACAGCCAUGAAGGCGGCCUACGACGUCUUGAGCGACCCCAAGCAGCGCGAAAUCUACGACACGAUGGGCGAAGACGGCCUCCGCGUCAUGAACGACUUUGGCGAAAUGCGCUUUGACGACGUUGUGACUGCGGCCGUUGGCGCCGUCGCGGCCAUGAGCGCGUGUGCCAAGAUGAUGAUCUUUAUGGCGGUGCUUCUCGGCCUCGGCCUCGCGCUCUUGGUGCCCAUCUUGUGGUGCCUCCGCGCCGACAACGACGUCGACUGGUCCUGGAUCAACGUGUUUGCCCCCAUGUGGCUUCUCGACGCGAUCUACCUGUGCUGGACAGGCUGCUCCAUGGCGGCCGGUGACGCGACCGACGACGUGGACACGUCGGACCGCCCGUCGCGCACCACGCGGUGCCUUGCCAAAUGCGCGGUGGUGCUGCAUAUUCUGCUGUUUGUCUUGACGCAGAUCUUUGUCGCGAUGAAGCUCCAGGGCUCGGUCACGUGGAGCUGCGGCGUCGUCUUGGCACCGCUCUUCGUGCUCGAAGGGUUUUACUUGAGCGAGAAGCUUCUGGUGGCCUACCGAGUCUACGAUGCCUUCCGCGCCAAGCCGGAUGCGCCCGUGCACUUCCUCAUGCGUGAGAUUGCGCGGUCGUGUCUCGUGAGCGUGCUCUCGCUCUCGUUUGAGAUCCUAUUGGCACUGCGCAUCGACGGUGUCAUUACUGUCUCGUGGUGGCUCGUCUUCCUUCCGGUGUGGCUCCUCCUGGCGCUCCUCGCGGCACCGCUGCUUCGCGCGAUGACCAUGCGUCCGCCAGCAGGCGACGGCGAAGCACCGGCGCCGUCCUAUGGCAUGCAUGCGUGCUUGCUGCUCGGGCUUCUCGCCCUCGUGAGCCCUUUUGUGCUCCUGGCUGCGCGCCUCGAAACGUCGAUCCAGACGUCGCUGUAUGUGCUCUUGCCGUGGUUCCUUGUCGCUGGCGCGGUGCUGCUCACAAUUUGCACGUGCCUGUGCUGUCUGCGGCCCAUCGAGGCGGCCAAGGACGACGACGAUGCGCCAAGUGUCGAGUCGCCGCGCCACAACACUGAUGCGUCGCCACACCCGUACUACCACGAUGACAACAUGGCCUAGGCAUGGUUGAGCGGCAAGCGCUCUACCACCUUGAGGUGGUGAGCACCGCAGGCGGUGCAUGAACAUAUAAGUGUAGCAGGUUGUAUACAUGUGUACAGUACUGUGGACGCAUCAAACGGCAUUUGUGGCGUUGCAGCACUAACUCGAAAUUACGUGUCGCAGACGACAUUGUGUGCAUCGCGCC